CAAACCUAAAGCCUUAAAAAGAGAUUAGUUCACCAAACAUAUCAUUUCAAAACACACAGAUGGAAUAAUAUUAUGUAGUUGGUAUAGCAAUCAUAUUUGGUGUUGAAAUUUGAAAAUGAGGAGUUGUCAAUUUUUAUUUUCUUAUUUUUUUUUUAAUCCCACACCUUCCAUAAACCUCCAUGCUAGUCUACAAUUACAUAAUCCAAAAACCAAAAGGAGUUUUUGUCAACAAACAUUUCUUUAAGUAAGAGUAGCUAUCAUGAUGAUAUAACUUGCUCCACUUUCAUAAAUUUAAGUAGAGAGAGAAAAUUAAAAGUGAGGGAGCUAGACAUCAAUGGAGAUGAAGGCAAAUCCCAAUUUCACUCAUUUUUUGUUCCUCAUUCUAAGUCUGUUUUUCUCUUAUGUCCAUUCUCAAGGUUUAGAUUCAUGUAAUUCUCCCAUCAACCUCCAAAGCUCUAAUGUUCCCUUUGAUACCACUUCUCUCCAAUGUGUCUCUGUAUGGCCUUCUCAAAACUUCAUUCUCAGGUAUGCUCAAGCAUCACAAAACGUGUGGAACUUUUUGCUAUCAGCACCUAACCAAAAUGCAUACGUGGCCAUCGGGUUUUCGUCCAACGGCAAUAUGAUCGGGUCAAGAGCCAUUGUCGGGUGGGUCGGGUCAGACGGGGUUUCCACCAUGCGAAAAUACUUUUUGGGAGGAAAAUCGCCAAAUCUUGUAACAAUCGAACAACCUAACCAAGGUUUGCAAGUUGGUAACCAAUCCAUGGUUGUCCAAUCGAGUCAAAUAUACAUCGCCUUUCAGUUGCUAAGCGAUUCUCUCAGUACGCGUCUGAUAUACGCAGUCGGACAGACGGGUCGACUGCCCGUCGGCCCAAACUUUCAAUUGUCUCAACACCAAACAAUGAUUUCCACGGUUCUUAAUUAUGCCACAGGUCAAUUUCAAUCACAAACAAGCACAGAAUCAAGCCUUCGAAGAAGCCAUGGGCUGCUGAACAUGUUGGGCUGGGCUAUUUUGAUGCCAAUCGGGGCGAUGGUAGCCCGAUAUAUGAGGAAAUGGGAUCCCAUUUGGUUUUAUUCUCACGCGGCAAUUCAAUCAUUGGGCUUUAUAUUGGGCCUCAUUGGCAUUAUCUGUGGUCUGGUCUUGGAAAAUCGCCUCAAUGCCUCUGUUAACAGGCACAAAGGCAUUGGUAUUACCAUCUUCGUAAUGGGCUGCCUCCAGGUUAUUGCAAUCUUGGCUCGACCAGACAAGACAUCUAAAGUGAGGAAAUACUGGAAUUGGUACCAUUUUGUUGUGGGAAGAACAUUGAUAUUUUUGGCAGCAGUUAAUGUGUUUUAUGGGAUCCAUUUGGGCAAUGCAGGAUCCAGUUGGAAUGCUGGUUAUGCUGUUGUUCUUGCCACCUUAUUCAUAAUUGCUCUUAUUUUAGAGCUAAGGAGGAUCUUCAGAGAGUGAUACUCGAUAUUUCUCUCUCAACACCCCUUAUUAUUUAAAAUUUUCCCCUUUUUAUUUUUUUUGUUUACUUUGAGGGCUCAUAACUCAUUAAUUGUAUUGUAUUUGUCAUAUGAGAUGUGUAUUUCAACUUCUAGGAACGAUAGAUCGUGUUGUCGUAUAGUUUCCGUAUUUCAUUAUUGUGAUUUCAUAUUAUUUCGAGCUAUAUCGGCCAUUGUCACUCCUAUCAAUGCUUUGUGAUGCACUCUAGAUAACUAACAAACAUUUGUAAGCAAAAAAAAAAAGGGGCAUAUUUCACAAUACACUAUGAUUUA